AUGGAGAAAGUCGAUGUUCUCAUUUGCGGCAGCGGAUCUGCCGGUCUCUGCGCUGCCACCUGGCUCGCCAAGUAUGGGGUACGAUGUAAGGUACUAGAACGGCGGGGUGGCCCCAUGAAGAUGGGUCAAGCCGACGGUGUGCAAUGUCGCACCGUGGAGAUUUUUGAAAGCUUUGGAAUUGGGGAAGAGCUUCUUCGUGAGGCUUACCACGUCCUCGAGGUCAACUUCUGGGCCGACAAUGGCAGAGGCGCCAUCAAGCGGACAGGCCGGACGGCGGAUACCCAGCCGGGUCUAUCACAUCAACCUCAUGUUAUUCUGAAUCAGGCACGUAUCAACGGGCUCCUCAUCGAGCUUAUGCGGAAAUAUAAUGACCAACAAAUCGACUACGGCUACAAUGUCACCGAUGUCAAAGUUGAUAGCACCUGUGCCGAGGAUCAUGAUGCCUACCCGGUCAAAGUGACUGCAGAAAAGGACGGAAAGACAGAAAUAUUUGCAGCCAAAUACGCACUGGCUUGUGAUGGGGCACACAGCAUUGUCCGCAAAGCCCUCGGGUACAAAAUGAUCGGAGACAGUAGCGACGCUGUCUGGGGUGUCAUGGACAUGGUGCCCCGAACAAAUUUCCCGGACAUUCGCAAGAAGUCUACUAUUCGCUCAAAAUCAGGGAAUGUCUUGAUUAUUCCCCGCGAAGGCGAUAGCGACAACCUGACAAGGUUCUAUAUUGAACUUGCCCCAGGGACCAACCCGAAAGAAGUGACUCUGAAGAGUUUGCAGGCUCAAGCACAGAGCAUCUUCCACCCUUACAAGGUAGACUUUGUGGAAACAGCCUGGUGGUCGGCCUAUGCGAUCGGCCAGCGUCAUGCCGAUUUCUUCCAUAAGGAUCACCGGGUGUUCCUCGCCGGUGAUGCUUGCCACACCCACUCCCCAAAAGCCGGCCAGGGUAUGAAUGUCAGCUUACAGGAUGGCUAUAAUAUUGGCUGGAAGCUCGGGGAGAUUUUGACUGGUCUGGCCAGUCCCUCACUUCUAGAGACUUACGUCCUAGAACGUCAAAAGGUGGCUAUUGAGCUGAUUAAAUUUGACCGUUAUUUUUCGAAAUUGUUUUCUUCUGGGGCCUCGACGUCUCCUGCCGAGUUCCAAGAAGGCUUCAUCAAGUCUGGUGAAUACACCGCAGGCUUAACAGCCAAGUAUGAGGUCUCACCCAUCACCUCUACAUUGGAAUCGACCAAGCUUGCCUAUAACGUGGCCGUUGGUAUGCGGCUGCCCAGCGCACAGGUCGUGCGAUUCUGUGACUCUAAACCUCUACAUCUCAUGAAGUCUCUCAAGUCAGAUGGCCGGUGGCGCAUCAUGGCCUUCGUGGGUGACCUGACUGUGCCAGAAAAUCGCUCAAAGCUCGACAAGCUGGGAGAAUACUUGAGCGCGGCCGAUGGGCCCAUGCAGACAUUCACCCCCAAGGAUCAAGACAUUGACAGCCUCAUCGAGAUCAUUUUGAUCGGAUAUGGAAGGCGUCACCGAGUUGAGUUGGAGCAGAUCCCUGAAUGUUUUUAUCCAGUCUCUGGAAAAAACCAAACAAGAGAUCUCCACAAGAUUUAUUACGACGACGAGAGCUACAACGACGGACAUGGCCAUGCAUACGAAUGUCUCGGUAUUGACCCGGCGCAAGGUGCUCUUGUCAUUGUUCGGCCAGAUCAAUAUGUGUCUGCCACCAUGGGUCUAGGCGAUUAUCCUGAAAUCGGCAAGUUCUUUGCUGGAUUCCUCAAACGCCAAACGUACGUUCGGCAUAGCAUGUGA